CCUCAUCGCCCUAUCAGCCAAUCCUAUGAUCGCCACGUCCCUACACCGAGCAGGGAUCAGUAACAUCAGCAACACCGCUACAUCGCUACGAGGACGCGACAUUGCCUUUACGCCCCAAUAAUGGGAGCUUGCCAUGUGGUGUCACCGCAGCUGCCAGCCAAGCAGAGCGCUCAAUGAAUUCGAGCUCCGACAGUCCAACGCGAUGCCUUUCUCUGCAAAGAUCCUGCUCAGACCUCCCCUCUCGAUCACCGGCGACUGGACAGCUCAAGAGCUGGGCGAGCACAACUUUCCAGGUUCGGUCACAGUGAGCGAGCAGACAUCCUCAGGCGCUGUAGUGAACAUCAACAUCGACCUCUCCAACUUUGGCUCAACGGCCGAACGAGCGGCAUGGUCAGCGUGCUGUACUGCCUUGCCCACCGCGAUGAUCUCUCUUAACGCGAUCUCACAAGAAGCCGAAUUGUUGCAUGACAUGACGACUCUGCAGGCUCUCUGUCAGCUGCAUGUACGGGCCGGAUCGAAUCCUCGGUGUUGGCGGAGCGCUGCUCGGCGUAUCAGUCAUUACUCCACUAAAUGACAUGGUUAACGCCGCAUCUGAGCAUUCGCAAUACUUCAUAGCUCUGCAGGGAUUCCAAAUGACUUCAUUUGGCAGUCAGAUCAUCGUCGUGUGCAUGCAUCGAUCCGCGAUCAGACAUGAACUUGUCGUCAAGCCU